UAGAGUCGGUAUAUAUGGAACAGCUGAUCGUAGAAAGUGUAACGAGGAGGAAGAUUCGCAUCAAUCGGAGGGUUACGGAGAAAUAUGUAAAGAAGGGUCGCAAAUAAUAAUCGCGUCAUCGUCUGUGCAACAUUUAACUUAACGAUUCAGAUAUCACGAGGGAAUACGAACGGCGAGAGACUGUGCAUUCAAAUGUAACAGAUGUUCGUUGUGAGAAAUGUCACAAAUUGAUAUCCAGGAUUUGUUUAACAGAAGCAGGUUUCCCAGCGGGUGGCGCUUACUGUCAGUAAUUCUGUAUUCACCGUUGGGGAUUGUACUUCUGCUGCUGCGGCUAUUGAUAACGUUAACGCUCUGGCUGUUGGCGUGGCUUCUGCCCGAUCACAGUCUCCUUCGGACGUUCCUGAGCUACGGCAUCAGCUUCGCCUUUGGCAUCGUAGUCAGAGUCGACGCCAGCAGCGAGCCCCGAGACAAACAGACGAGAAUAAUAAUAGCCAAUAAUGUGUCCGUGCUGGAUCACUUUGCUCUGCGUCAAACGACGGAGGCGCUGGUCCCUGGCGUCUGGGAACUACCUACUGCCCUGAGUAAUGCCCUCGGAUCGCAGAAGAUGGACAUGAGCAGUAAGGAGACGCUGAUCGCCAACAUAAGGCUAUUCCUCGCUUCUUCCACGUACAGCGUUGCUGUGCAACCUGAGUUUGAUACGACGAACAACCGAGUCGCACUGCUGAAAUUCAAUUCCUGGCCAUUCAGUAUAGAGACGUCCGUUCAGCCGGUCGCGAUUAGAGCGUCGCGGCCGGAUUUUGUGCCUGUGCAUCUCACCUCGCUGGCUUCGACAUGGUGGACGGAGGUAUUCUGGUUCAUGUUCGUCCCAUAUACAGUUUUUACACUCAAGUACCUGAAAAGCAAGCAGAAUCCCGAGCACGAGGUGCUCGUGCGGGAGGUGGAGAGGGACAUCGCGAACGCUCUUGGGAUUCAGACCAGCUCCUACACCGUGUCGGACAAGACCGAGUACGAGAAGCGCUACCGCAUGGAGAGAAUACUCAACAGCGCGCGCUCCAACAGAAACACGCCAAAUUCUCAAGUCAUACACAGUAUGGAGAUACAGAGGAUGGUUCGUCAGGUCAGCGAAGUACUUCCAUUGGUACCACACAAUGUGAUUCUCCGAGAUCUUCUCAAAACUCGAAACGUCGACAUUACGAUCGCCAAUAUUCUCGAUGGCAUAGUUACUUACACUCCCGAACCGAAUCUACCAGUUCAACCGACUGUAACAUCGUUCGGCGGUACCCAACAGAACUCCACAAAGGAUAAGACUCUGGGGACGUCUUCUUUCCAAGAGAAAAAGGCCAAGAUGAUUAGGGAGGCUAGAGAGAGGUAUAUUAAGAAACACGGACUGACAGAUUGCUGACAUUCUUGCUACUGUUUUAUUCUGGUUACGAUACUAUCAUUGACAACAUGUAUAUGCUACAUGUUUUAAUGUAUAUGUAUUAUAUUUACUAUUACAUCAUGUGAAUAUAUCUUUAUUUCU